GGACAGCGCGGGAAGAGGACGCCUCCCUCCAUACCACUCCUUGUCCUCCUCCUCUUCCUCCUUUCCUCCAGUAUCACGAACGAACGAACGAACAGAAAACAAAAUAAAAAAGAAUUAAAGCGAACGAAAACGAAACUAAGAAUAAAAAGAAAAAUACAUACUGACUAACUUUUCCCAUAAACGGACACGCGUGAAAAAUAAAGAAAACUAGAGAGAAAGAAAACUUCAAACUUGCACAUUUAUAACAUGAAAAAAAAUAACAAACCGAAAAGGAAAAUUAAAAUGAAAAGCAAGUCCGCGUGUUCUUAUUAGACAAACGAGAGUGUGUGGGCGCAAAAACUCUAACGAAUGAAUGAAUGACUUUCUAAGAACUCUCAAACUCCAGCACGUGAAUGAAGUAGGACUGAGCUUCAUUCAUUCAUUCAUUCAUUUAUUCAAGCCGACGAACGCAUUUUUUCCUUAGUGAACACCUUCGCAUGCACCACCAAAACCAAGGCAGUGGUGGUGCUGGUAUCAUGGUAGUGUAAAUAUACGUACAGAACAAGACUAUUAGAAUAAGUAUCCGUCAGAUCGUGUAUACCUCUCUAUGCGCUUAUGUUUCAAGGCUUCAGUUUACUCGCACGAAAUAAUUCUCCGUUAGAGCGUGUAUACCUUUGCAUGUGUCUGUGUAUGUGUCAAGACUUCAAGGCCGAGGAUGACGUCAGACACACGGGAAGCGGCGUGAUGACAGGCUUGCAAAACCCCUGGAUCCCGCCCCUAAUGGCGAAGUCUCCCCACUGAGGCGGAACGGACGAGAGAAAGACGAACACGGAAGGGACAAGAAGAAAGAAAACAGGAAAGAAAAUAAAAAAGAAGCCAAAAGAGAGAUGCACCUUCACAGGACAAUAAGCAAAGUGAAGUAUAACGAAAGUGAAUAAACUGACGCAUAAAAGAGGACAAAGACAAAAGUACAUAAGGAGUUAAUUAAGAGACAAUAACACGUGAAAAAAAGGACAACUCGGCGAAGACUCAAAGAGAAGAGAAAAAAAUAGAAAAAGAGAGAGAAAAGGUUAACUUCGAGGUGUUGAGAAAAUGACUUACUUUUUCUACUCCUCCUCCUCCUCCUCCUUAUCUCUCCUCCACUCCUCCAUCCUCCUCCUCCUCCUCCUCACCUUCCCAAGCAGCCACGUGCAAGGUGAUCCAUCUCCAGACUUCCCGCGGUACAUCCCUCACCCCCACACCCCAAUGCAGGAGGAGAGGGCGGUGUUCCACUUCUCCCCGCUCGCCUUCAAGAGCCAGAACAACACGGAACAGAAGGCGCAAGUCGGCACUACAGCGGUCCUGCAUUGUGUGGCCCAUAACAUUGGAGAAAAUACUGUGUCGUGGAUCAGACGGCGGGACUAUCACCUGCUCACGGUCGGUUCUCUCGCCUACAGCAGUGAUCAGAGGUUCCAGGUGCGAUAUGUGAAGCAGGAACAGGACUGGCAGCUUCACCUACAGUACGUUCAGGUGAGGGACGAUGGAGUGUACGAAUGUCAGGUGUCGUCUCACCCACCUGUCAGCAUACUCACGACUCUGCACGUGAUGGAGGCAACGUCAGAGGUGCUUGGGGGUCCUGAGAAGUACGUAAGGGUUGGCAGCUCCCUGAGGCUCGUGUGCGUGCUACGGGACAACACACAGCCUCCUGAAUACGUGUUUUGGUACCACGACAAACACAUGAUCAACUACCAUCCCACGAGAGAGGUACGUGUGGAGCAGAAUGGCGGGCUGAGCAUCCUCUUCCUUAAUCAGGUGAGGGCCAGCGACUCAGGUAAUUACACCUGUGCCCCCUCGAAGGCCCGGCCCGCCCACAUCCUCAUCCACGUGUUGAAAGGUGGAGAGACGCCAGCCGCCAUUCACUCCGGUGCAGGAGGAAAAGGAGGGGAAAGAGGAGCACUUCUUUCCUCCUCCUUCCUCCAACUCCUCCUCCUCUUGCUAAUCCCUCUCAUCCUCCCUUCUUGCUACGUGCCAGUCGCCUCCCUCUCCUCCCUCUCACAGGGUGUUUCCAGUCCCACCCUUAGAGGCCCAGGGUUAAUUCAAGGGGAGGGAGGGGGGGAGGGGAAUGGAGCGGGAACACAGACUACCUCCCCCCUCCUUGAUGAUAGCGACAAGGGUGGUAGCAGCAGCAGCAACAACAACAACCACAACAAAAACAUCAAAAGAGCCCGAACACUCACUUCCUGAGAGCAGAAACAUCACAAUCAGGUGGUGGUGAUGGUGGUGGUGAGAUGAUGAAGAGGGAGAGAGAGAGAGAGACAAAAUUUAUCACACCUUCCCUCCCUGCUUAAUUAAUACACCUGAGAGGAGGCAGCACAAGGCACCUGAUGGCUGCAGCUUGUUAAUUCCAGGUGGACAUUAACGAGGGAGGUGAAAUAAUGUGUGAGGAACAAUACACACACACGCUAGGUUGUAGGUGUGCACAUUUUUUUUUUUUUUUCAGUUGUAAGAUAUCACUGUCUUGUCUGGCUGGUGGAAGAUGGUUGUUGUUGUUUUGUGUUAUUUUGAAAAAUGACAUGUAAGGUGAUUGGUGAUAUGUUUAUGUUGUUCAGAGCUGUGUGUGUGUGUGUGUGUGUGUGUGUGUGUGUGUGUGUGUGUGUGUGUGUGUGUGUGUGUGUAUGUGUGAAAA